GGAUGGCGCUGCGGAGCCGGCGGCCAAACUUCUUGCGGGGACAAAGUUAGCGCCGGGCAGCGGCCCCCCCGGCGCGAUGAGCGAGGCGCCGGUGUCCCGCAAGCAGCGGCUCAUGGCCGCGCUGGAGCGGCCGGCGGAGGACGGGGAGGCGGCGGCGGCGGCGGCGGCGGAGGAGGAGGACGGCGGUGCCGGGCUGCGCUGCUUCGUGUGCGGCGGGGCCAUGGGGCGCGGCCAGGCGCUGAAGCUGCAGGUGAAGCCUCCCCGCGAGCGGGAGCGGGAGCGGGAGCGGGAGCGGGGCCGGGAGCGGGAGCGCGGCCCCUUCUUCCCGUUCCUGCAGCACCAGGAGCCGGCGCCCGGGGCGCGCGGGGUGUCUGCGGAGGGCUGCGCGCUGGUGUGCGCCGUGUGCCGCUGCUUCCUGGGCGAGCAGUGGGACGCGUUCGAGCGCAGCCGCACGCCCCUGGACAAGCGCAUGUACUGGCUCAAGCGCCCGCACCAGGGCGAGCCCAGCAGCACCGGGCAGCGCCGCGCCGCGCCCGCCUGGAGCCUGCCCGCUGGGCGCAGCCGGGCCAGCAGCACCAGCAGCAGCCAGCCGCUGGAGGAGGAGGACGAGGACGACGACGAGGAGGUGGUGGAGGAGGAGGAGGAGGAAGGCAGCGACUCCGAGCUGUCCUCCCUGUCUGAGCCGCGGGCGCCGGAGAUGAGCGCCGGGCGCCUGGCGUGGGAAGAGGACGGGCCCCCCGUGCCCGCUUGCUACAUCUGCGGGGUCCCGCUGCCUCCCGGAGCGCAGCGCCCCGUGCACGUGCAGAAGCAGGAGCAGGCGGCCCAAGCGCCCUUCUUCCCCUUCCUGUGGCUGCACAGCCCGCCGGCCGGUGCCCGGCCCAUUAACGCGGCGGGCAGCACGCUGGUGUGCCCCGGGUGCUUCGCGUCGCUCAUGCAGCAGUGGCAGGGCUUCGAACUGGCCGGCGUGCCCGUGCUGCAGCGGCUCUACGUGGUGCCACUGGGCGCCGGCGUGCACCGGGCACCCGGGGGCGAGGCCGGGCCACCGGAAGCCUGCUACCUGUGCGGCGAGGGCUGCGGCAAGGAGGCCAGGCCGGUCUCAGCUAAGAUCGCCAACGGGAAUGCCAAGAGUGCCAUGCACUUCCCCUUCCUCAGCCUGCUGCCCUGCCCGCCCGGCGCCAAGGGGCUGAGCAAGCACUGGGAGGUGAGCAGCUGCCGCAAGUGCUACGGGGUGCUGCAGGACCUGUGGGCCAUGUACCGGGCUUGCCGCGACGAGGAGCUCAUCACCUCCGUGCAGAGCUUCCUGGGCAGGUACCACCAAGUUUUCUCUGGCACCGACGCAGCCGGGCACCCAGUGGCCAAGCCCAGCCUGGCCUCCUUCUGCUACAUCUGCGGGGCCGAGCUGGGCACUGGCAAGGAGUUCCAGCUCAACGUGAACCCCCCCGGGCGCUUUGGGGAGAAGGAGCCUUUCUUCCCCUUCCUCACGGUCUACCCCCCAGCCCCACGGGCCAGGCCAGCCGAUGCCACGGGGCUGGUGUCCACCUGCGUCCUCUGCUACCACGACCUGCUGGGCCAGUGGGCGCAGCACGAGGGCCGCAACACCCACCACCCCAGCAGCGCCUGGUCCCGGCAGUACAAAGUGGAGACCUUCGUCUGCUUCUUCUGUCGCCAGGAGAAGAAGCGAUGCCUCGGAUUAAGGGCCGUGUGCGUGGCCCGGCUCCCCGUGUUCCUCUACACGCUCCGGGUACCCAACAGCUUGCUGGUGGACGACGGGAAGCAGCUGAUUAUUGGAGCAUGCCCGGACUGCAGGGCGGUGGUCCUGGCUGGCAAGAGCAUGAUGCCCCCGGACCUGCUGGCUGCACCACCUCCGAUGACCCUCCCCAAGGCCUCGUCCUCCUCUUUCGAGACACCUGCCCUCAAGGCCGUGGCCGGCGAGCCCAGGCAGCGCGGGGUGGGCACUGGCGAGAGCCCGGGAGCGGGGAACGGAGCUGCCCAGGACGUCAGCUCCGACCGCGGCCAGCGGACAGGUUUGGAUGUGGACGGCGCUGACCCAGGAGCUACAAGCAUGAGCCAUGAGCCAAAGUCGCCUUCACUAGGAAUGCUCUCGACAGCGACCCGGACCACAGCCACCGUCAGCCCCCUCACCCCUUCCCCUCUCAAUGGCUCGCUGGUGCCCAAUGGCAGCCCCGCCGCCAACAGCACUUUGUCCGUCCAGUCUGCGCCUUCCUCCAGCUUCGCCGCCGCGCUGCGCAAACUCGCCAAGCAAGCAGAGGAACCCCGAGGGUCUUCGAUAAGCAGCGAGUCUUCGCCCGUCUCCUCGCCAGCCACCAACCACAGCUCCCCGGCCAGCACGCCCAAGCGAGGACCCAUGGGCCCCAUCAUCGUGCCGCCGGGCGGGCACAGCGUGCCGAGCACGCCCCCCGUGGUGACCAUCGCGCCGACGAAGACUGUGAACGGGGUGUGGCGGAGCGAAGGCCGACAGCAAGAAGCAGGGUCCCGAGGCGGCGGGAGCAGCAGCAGCAGCCGGGAGCGCCUGAUGGCCGAGCCGCCCCUGCCGCAGGAGAAGGCCGGGGGCCCCGCUGUCCCUUCCCACCUCCUGGGAGCACCUUACUCCUUCGGGAUCCCGCCGGCCUCCGUCGUCCAGGACUCCCGCUUCCCGCCUCUGAACCUGCAGCGGCCUGUUCACCACGUGGUGCCUCCCAGCGCGGUCACAGAAGAUUACCUGCGCAGCUUCCGGCCCUACCACACGCCCGAAGACCUGCGCAUGUCCUCCCUGCCGCCCCUCAGCCUGGAUCCGGCCACCGCCGCCGCCUACUACCACCCCAGCUACCUGGCCCACCACCCCUUCCCUCACCCAGCCUUCAGGAUGGACGACUCGUACUGCCUGUCCGCCCUGCGGUCCCCUUUCUACCCGAUCCCGACGCCGGGCUCGCUGCCACCGCUGCACCCCUCAGCCAUGCACCUGCACCUCUCGGGGGUGCGGUACCCCGCCGAGCUGUCUCACUCGUCGCUCUCGGCCCUGCAGUCCGAGCGGAUUUCCAGCCUGACGGCGGAGAGGCUGCAGAUGGACGAAGAACUGAGGCAGAGGGAGCGGGAGCGCGAGCGGGAGCGCGAGAAGGAGCGGGAGCGGGAAGCCGACCGGGAACGGGAGCGGGAACGGGAGCGGGAGAAAGAGCUGGAGCGGGAGCGCGAGAAGGAGAGGGAGCGCGAGCGGGAGCGGGAGCGCGAGCUGGAGAGGCAGCGGGACCGGGCCCGCGAGAAGGAGCUGAGCAUGGUCAAGGCCAUGGAGGGCCCUUUCCUGCCCGUGUCGGAGCUGCACGGGCUGCGCAGCCACCCCGCGGAGGAGCGUGUCAAGCCGGCCGAGCAGCUGACGCCCGGCAGGCCAGAGAAACUCAAGGACUCCAGCCUCCAGACACCCAAACCCGUGCAGCACCCUUUGCACCAGCCCCCGACCCCCCACCACCCCGUGCCCAGCCUCAUCUCCAACCACGCGGUCUUCCCCCUGCCGGGAAGCAGCGCAGCCACGGCGCUCCUCAUCCAGCGCACCAACGAGGAGGAGAAGUGGCUGGCACGCCAGCGGCGCCUGCGGCAGGAGAAGGAAGACCGCCAGUCCCAGGUGUCCGAGUUUCGGCAACAGGUCCUGGAGCAGCACCUGGAUAUCGGGCGCCCGCCCAACCCCCCGGAGGCCGAGCACCGGCCGGAGAACCCCAGAUCGGGACCAACCCGCCACGAGCCAAGUGGGCGCGAGCAGCCCCAGCACUUCGGAGGGCCCCCGCCGCUCAUCUCCCCCAAGCCGCAGCACCACCCCGUCCCCACCUCGCUCUGGAACCCCGUGUCCCUGAUGGACACCAAUGUGGAGCCGCGCCGGGUCCCGGAGACCCACUCCCUGCACGCCCACCCCGCUCCCUUCGAGCCCAGCCGGCAGGCCAUCCCCCUGGUGAAGGUGGAGCGGGUCUUCUGCCCCGAGAAGCUGGAGGAAGGGCCGAGGAAGAGGGAAACCCUGGACAAAUACCAGCCCCCGCGGGAGCCCCCCGGGGUGGCCGAGCAUGCCGGCUUCCCCCACGCGCCCUUCCUGGCCGAGCUGGAGAAGUCCACGCAGAGCAUCCUGAACCAGCAAAGGGCAUCGCUCCCGCAGCCCGGGCAGUUCAGCGAGGUCAGCCUGGCCAGCAAGCCCAGCUCACCCUACCGGCCUCCGCUGCCGCGGGGCCAGGACCCCAUGUACAUGUACGACGAGUUCCUGCAGCAGCACCGCAAGCUGGUCAGCAAACUGGACCUGGAGGAGCGUCGGCGGAGGGAAGCCCGGGAGAAGGGCUACUACUAUGACCUGGACGACUCCUACGACGAGAGCGAUGAGGAGGAGGUGAGGGCCCAUCUCCGGUGCGUGGCCGAGCAGCCCCCACUCAAGCUGGACACUUCCUCCGAGAAGCUGGAGUUCCUGCAGCUCUUCGGCCUGACCACGCAGCAGCAGAAGGAGGAGCUGCUGACCCAGAAGCGGCGCAAGCGGCGGCGGAUGCUGCGGGAGCGGAGCCCCUCGCCCCCGACGGUGCAGAGCAAGCGCCGGACGCCCUCGCCCCGCCUGGCGCUCUCCACCCGCUACAGCCCCGACGAGAUGAACAACAGCCCCAACUUCGAGGAGAAGAAGCGGUUCCUCACCAUGUUCAACCUCACCCACAUCAGCGCCGAGAAGAGGAAAGAUAAGGAGAAGCUGGUGGAGCUGCUGCACGCCAUGAAGCAGAAGAGCACGCCGGCCGCCGUGGUGGUGAAGAGCUCCCCGCGGGACAGCCCCAACACCACGCCGACCGAGCCUGCAGCGCAGCAGCUCCCCGUGGAUCCAGACAAACCUGUGGGCAUCGCUGCCUCCCUGCCCGACGUGCCGAAGCCUGCCGAGCCCAGUCGGUUAGAGCCACCCAGACCCCCGGCGGCCAAGGAGCCGGCUGCUGCCCCGGCUGAGAAACCCAAGCUCAGUGAUGGGCAUAUGGGGAAGAAGAGCCUGAGCAUCCUCAACUACGUGCGGGGCCCCUUAGCCAAGGACAUCCCUGUGCCGCUGUCCCACAGCGUCAACGGGAAGAGCAAGCCCUGGGAGCCCUUCAUGGCGGAGGAGUUCGCGCACCAGUUCCACGAGUCCGUGCUGCAGUCCACGCAGAAGGCGCUGCAGAAGCACAAAGGCAGUGCGGCCGCGCUGACCGCCGAGCAGAACCACAAGGUGGACGCCUCCAUCCACUACAACAUUCCCGAGCUCCAGGCCUCCAGCCGGGUCCCCCUGCCCCAGCAGAACGGGCAGCCUGAUGCCCAGCCCCCGCGCAAGGGGCUCAUCCCCCCCGAGCACGACAAGGACUCCGACUCGGAGGGAGAGGAGGAGGACGAGGAGGAGGAGGAGGACGAGUGCCCCCGGCCCAAGUGGCAGGGGAUCGAGGCCAUCUUCGAAGCCUACCAGGAGCACAUAGAAGAACAAAACCUGGAGCGGCACGUGCUGCAGACCCAGUGCCGCCGGCUGGAGGCCCAGCAGUACAGCCUCAGUCUGACGGCCGAGCAGCUGUCCCACAGCAUGGCGGAAUUAAGGACCCAGAAGCAGAAGAUUGUCUCGGAAAGGGAGCGACUUCAGGCCGAACUAGAUCACUUGAGAAAGUGCCUUGCGUUGCCUGCAAUGCAGUGGUCUAGGGGUUACUUCAAGGGUUACCCCAGACGCCACCACCAACACUACGAGAACGCAGAACGCUUCUUUCGUUGCCAUAUCCGUACAACUGCUGUACCUACCGCGAGGCUGGCCCGGGGUCGUCGCCGCUGCGUCGCUCCAGCCGAAAGGCCGCGCCGGGAAGAGACCGCGCCGCGCAGCCGGGGCCGCGGCGAGCCGUGGGAGGGAUCCGCUGAGCCACGAGCCCUGGGAGGAGCGAACCGCCACGGCGAGCCCCCGCGAGCCUGCCUCUAAGUCAAUGGGCUUUCCACUGGAAAUGCACUUUGCUCCAAGCAAAUAAAGCGAAUAAACAAACUGAAGGUACCUUCUUAUUACUGCUGGGCUGGGGGGGAGGGAGUGGAUUGUACAGGCGCUGGAAACACCCCCCGACACCCGCACCCCCGGAGGCACCCCCCCGAUGCUGUCUCCCCCCCGGCCCCCGCGGGUGACGUUUUCAUACGGAGUCCGACGAUUUUGUGAUUUCAAAAAAAAAAAAAAAAAAAGCCUAAAAGGUGCUUCAGCCUUGUACUGUAUAUAUUAAAGAAGUUUUGUAUGUUUUUAUUCCUUUAAUUAUUGGUAUAAAGCUUGCCCUUUUUAAUAUGGUUCUGCUUUUUUUUUUUUUUUUUUUUCCUUUUCUUUCCUUGCGAAGAAGACGAGAGUCCCCUGCUUCCCGUGUUUUGUACUGCUGCCGGUCAGGACGGCCACCACUGAUUUAAAAGAGACAAAAAAAAAAAAGCCCAACCUGCUUUCCCCCCCACCCCGCAGCUGGGGCUAGCACACCCGGGCCUGUGCUCCGUGUAGCGCUGGUUGCCCGUACAGAAACGGCUGCUACUAGAAGGCCAGGGUUUCCUUCUCAGCCCUGUCCCUGGUGGUUCCCACUCCACCCCCGCUUCUCCAGCAACUGGGAAAGGUUGGUGCCAGCUGCGUUGAAGCGGGGAGGGGGUGUGGGAACAAGCACGGCGGGCCGGCUUUGCUAGCAAGAGGAGUGUGCUGCAGGGCAGAAGCUUGCCAGGGGCAGGACGGCAGGGGUGGAGAGCGCCAGCGAUGGGAGGCUGGGCAGGAAGGUCUCCCAGUGAGUUCGGUAGCCGGUCAUCCCGGUUGCACCCUGGCAUAGGAAGACCUCUCUUGCUGCUUCCUCCACUGAAGGACUGGGGCUGAGGAUUGCUUCCGCUUUUCUGAUGAAAUCUCAUGUUACCUUUUCACCGCCCUCUUGCCCCGCAGGUGUGGGCACAGAGGGAAGAAAGCCAGCCCAGGCUCCCCGCGCUAGGGCUGGGAAGCCCGUGCCCCGGGUGCUGAGGCAGCCUGCCCAAGGUGCCCUGCCUCUGUGCCCGCUGCUGGCAUUUUGCUUUGGCAUCCCGGCAGCUGCCACCGAGCAGGCAAGCAGCUGGCUCCAUUGUGCUGCUCCUGGGGGAAGUGCCAGCUCCAACAGGCCCCAGCUCACGCGGGGCUAAAGGCUGGGCUCUCCCCUGCCUGAAGGAUCUUGCAGCUCCAUGCUCGCAGCUGUCGCUGGCAAGCGCUUUCCAAGCUCCCGCGGAGCUGAGGCGGCAGCCGCUAGGAUGGCAGAGCAGAGAGGCCUAGGCCUGGGUCUUAGCUGCGGCACUGUGUUCCUCAAACCCUCAGGCAAUGGCUUGCUGCUUUUCACAGCGGGAGAGAGCUUCCUGCACCCUCCACCACGGCCAAGACAAUCAGAGCAAAGCAAAGCCUGUCCUGCAGCACGGCUGGGGAAAGCGUCCCCCAGCCUGACUGCUCUCUCGCCCCUCUUCUUUCUCCCUGGUACUUAGUGCAGCGCAAACACCGAGCCUCCAGGCAAGCAGCCUUCCUUGGCUUAUUGCCAGGGCAGUGCUGCCUGCAGACAGGCUAGAGCAGGCUGACCGCGUUUGAGGCCCUUUUGCCUCCAAAAGAGCUGAGCGGAAGAUGCGGCCGAAGCCACAAGCGCGAUUCUCCUUUACUGUAGGGCUGCCGCUGUCUUUCACGUGAGACGGAGCAGGAGAAACCCCCCCAGCCCAGCAGAGAGGAAGUACAGGGAGACGCAUGCAGCACGGGCAGUGUCAGAGUGGAUGCCAGCCACUGCUGUCACCACAUUUACAGGAGGUGACUUUGCGCUUCCGUAACUAGGAAGUUUAUUUUUUGGUAGCCUGUUUGCAAAGGGACCUGUGGGGCCUGUCCGCAGCAGGCCCAGCCAAAUUCAGGUCCACUGGCGGGUACAGAAGUGCAUCCCCUUUGCUCCGGGUGGGAUGGUUGUAAGUGUUGCCUCUUGGUCAAGUCAUAGACGCUUUGCACUUUGUUCCUUUUUUACCCUACACCUUGACCCUUCCUCACGAGGCUGCCACCACACCCCAGUGCACCUGAAAAGCAAAGCUGCCUCCCUUCUGCUUGCUGCUAGCAGUCGGGAGGUGCCUGGCAGGGUAGUUCAGGUGGCAAGACCUGUAGCUGUCACACGACUGCUGGCAGGAAAAGCCAUGCCCAGCUCUUAGUGAUGCAGGCGGCCGGGACUCGAAUACAGCAUGCGGCAAAAACGGGGCCAGCUUCAGUCUCCUUCCCAGUCCUCGUACACCCAGAAUCUGAGCGGGGGCUUUGGGAAACAUGGACGGGAGACAGCACCAUUUGGGGGCCUUUGCAAAGCAGCUUUCCAAACCAGUUUUUUAAAAAAAGGCUCGUGUGUUGGCAAUGGUUUUAACGUACCAGAAAGCAGCCCGCCCUUGCGAGAGCAGAGACUCGGCCACUUUAAACCCAGCUCGUGUAGGUGGCCUUCGGCCCGCGAACGGCCGACUCAGAUGGCACCAUGUAUUUUUAAACACGAGGGAAAAACUAGAACCUGCGUUAACCACUGUCCCGUCCCCCCACUCCCAGAUCGUGAGAAGUAACCUUCAUUGGUGAGCUCUCCCUCCUCACCGGUACGCGGCAGAGGGCUGGUGGCAGCGGUUAGGAGCCUGGUCCGAUCCCUAUCCUCCUUGGCAGCAAUUCCUGUACUUGAGACUGUUGACGUUCUGAUUUUUUUUCCCUCCGUAUGAAAGGUGGGAGCCAAUCAUCACGUUCUUAACCCAGUGCUUCGGGCGUCUCAGAAGCACUCCCCUCGCUCUCCCCUGCCCCCGGGGCCGUGGCCCACUGGUUCUGCUUAUUUGUGUGUUCCCUGUGCAGAACGGCUAGAAAACAGAGCACGGGAGAGAGGGUGCGAGGAUGCCCGGGGCCUGCUGGGGGCAGUUUAGAUGCUGUGAAAGACAAAUUAAACCUGUUCUAAGUGUACUUGUUUGGAUUAAUUGUAAUGUAAUAUAUUCUUGGUGAAUGUAGUACUUAGGUAUUUAUGAAUAUAUUGCUGUAAUUUCUGACAACAUCCAAAAAAAAAAAAUAAACUCUUCCUAAAUCACA